AUGGUGAAUGGUCAGCCUGACUCAUCGAUAACAGCACUCUACCUUCCCAACUGCACACAGAUCACAAUGAUGGGUGCCAAGGUCAACUCAAAUCAGAACUACUUUGCAUUGUUGGAUAACCCUGACAACAAGAAGUUGGAGAUGGUACAGUUCUACGGAGGAGUUGGAUACAACUCAAUUCCGUCCAACUUCCCAGUACAUCUCAAAUUGGUCACUUUUACGAUCAACCAGACACCCAUAUCAUCUAAUAUUCCUCAAUCAUUGUUCUCAUGUCCAUCGAUCAAAGACAUUACAAUAUUGAGUAUACCAAUGAUCAACAACUCUUUGACUUUUGACUACAAUCCUGAUCUAUAUUAUCCCAAUUUGAGAUUGAUGAUGUUAAAUUCCAAUGCAGCCAAUCCAAAUCAAUACUUCAACAUCACUCAGGACAGAUAUCCAAAACUGACAAACUACCAGCUCUUUACAAACAAUAACAUUUCAGUUGUAAUUAAUUCUCCUCUGAUCACCAUAUUCAAAUUAGAGUUAACAACAACUGUACCUGGAUUAAGGUCUAAAGCAGACUUUACACAAGCACCCAAUUUGGCAACUUUGGGAUUGAGAAAUGUUAACUUCAUCCCAUCAGAUUUGACUAAAUUCCCAUAUCUGGCAUCAAUUUCUGCGUACAACUGUAGUGACAUUACCAAUGCCUCACAUAUUAGUACCCUGGCAAUUGGUUCAUAUCCAAAUUUCCCACCAGUAUCUUGGUUGGCACCUCAGGCAUCCAUUUCAGUACAAUGGCCUUCAGCUAUAUCAAUGCUCCCCGAUUAUUCAAGUAUUCGACCAAAAUCAUUCAAUGUAAUUGGUAAUUCAAAGAAUAUUUAUGGACCUGUUCCAGAGUACAUGUGCAGAGUCGGAGGCGUUUCCCUAGCUUCGACCAACGUAUCAUCAGUUCCAUCCUGUUUCUAUGCCUACUGGCUCCAAACCAACAAUUCAUUCCCAUCAACAGUACAGCCUCCACCUGCUGAUCUUCCACCUGCAUCUGAAUUAGCAACAUUGGAUUCAGAUACAUUUAUUGUCCGUAAUGGAAUGUAUAGAUUGACAAUCAAUGGAAAUAACUUGGGAUUUGGUAUAUCUGGUGACUAUAUUCCAAGUAGCAUGGUCAUGACUGUUCCAAGUACUACAUUUACUUAUGUAUUCAGUGGAUUUGAAGGCUCGGAUACAGUUACAUUCUCCAAACUUUACAAUGUUACAAAGAAGAUAUCUUGGUUCUUGGACAAUACUACCGUCUCACAUUCAUACGCAGAGAUCAAUGAUAAUAUUAUGAUAGUCAGCCAUGUCCAAUCACUUUCAGAUCUGGAUUGUUACUUCAGUGUACCCGACCCACCAAUGGAAACCCAACCAACUACACCUCCACCCUUGACUGCCAAGGUGCCACACUACCUCUAA